AUGGAAAGUUAUGAGCAUAUAAUUGCAGCAUUGCAGCAACAACUGCAAGAACAAGAAAAUAAAGAUCGCAAUGAAGUUAUAGCUUAUUUAAAGAAUUUAUUUAGUGGUGAAUUUGAUAAGAAUGAGAAACUAGUUGAGCAAUGGGAUUCUCGAUACUCUGAUCAAAAUAAGUGCAUACAGCAGUCACCAAUAUUGCGCUAA